CUUGAGGACAAGCUCCAGCACCAGCAGCCCCACCGCCAUCGGACGUGAGUAGAAAUAAAAAUAAAAACAUCUUCGCACACGUUGCUGCUCGUGUGAUGAAUUGAUUCCGCUUCUACAACAUGAGGUCCACCUGCACUCGCAUUCAUGAUCGUUCUGUCGCCUGUUUAUUCUGUCUUCGCUAUUCAGAAGAGGAGAGAGAGAAUUCGACGGGCACAGGCGGAGAAAUUUUCUUCCUCGUAUUUCUGUCACUGUAUUGGUUAUUUAUUUGUGCCCUCGCUAUUUGUCGUGUUGCCCUGAAGUCGUCAACUCAAUAAUAUCGACUAUUGCCAUUCCUUCCCUGCUGGUGCAGCUUCUUUGGUUUCACUUCGUAGAGUGUCAUCUCUGUUCCAUGUCGGUGAUCAACAUACGAAACAUUUUCAAACCAGCACUGCUCGCAAUAACGGAACAAUAGCAUCAAGAACAGAAGAAAAUCCACGAACACAAUGAACUCCCAUCCUCAUCUCCCCACCACCUCUCCGAUCUGGAGCCGGCACACGCGGGCCAGCUAUUAAAGUGCACAACUCCCCCUCCCCCUCAUUUGCCAUGUAAGAUCCGAAAUCCAGCAUCUGUACCUUGUGGCAUUCUGUGCAUGACAGAUUCCGGAAGCCCAAAGAGUACUGCACUAGGAGCGGCAUGAAUUUGUUCAUGCAUAGGCCCCACGCGUGCUGGUGUUUGUGCUGCUGUUCAUGCCAUAUUAAUGAGGGGGAAGCGCAGUUGUGCACUCCCAUACCAGCGCUUCGAAAACGCGAAUCAAUGAGAUCGAGUCCGUCCUGUACCACCCGCCAGAGACGCGGGCCAUCGAUGCCGGCGUCAUGUGGACGCAUGGGUUGCGGGCAGGUACUAUUUCUCGUAAUUCAAUUUCAUAAAACAUGGUCGGUUACGGCUUUCUGAAACGAUUGUAGUUUUGGAGGAUACUUUAACUUUUUACAUCAUUUGUUUAGCACAACUCUUGGGUGUCGUACAGCAAGACGGGCGACCACUAUAGGAAGAAGUAGGACAUCUUCGUGAAUAUUUGUGUAUCUCCACCUCUGAAACUGAACAAUCCACCUCAAAAUAUUAAACAGGCACUACCGCCCUGCCCGCAUUCCCGCCCCAGCAACCGCCUUCAACGAAACCCGGACCUGGAGGGGGCACUACACAGCACAGUACUGGCAAGAAUCACCUCACAGGAACAACGACGAAAGAUUCCACCUCGAACCCACCCAACACGACGUUCCUCAAAACCCUCGCGAGCUACUCCUUUCAUCUACCGGUAAACCGCAGUCGCAGUAACCCGACCACCCCAAGAAAUUUCAACCAAUCGAGCAUCCGGCUUUCCGUUCCGUACGAAAGGACGCCAAGUCUGUCGGAAAUCGUGCGGCGUGGAGAUCAUGUAUCCUGUGUAAAAGUAUUGUACUCGUAAAAAUGCAUUACAAAUUAAAAUUUCCUCAGCAUGAGAAAUAAAAUCUGUAAUGCGGAUUUACGUCAAGAAAAACAUUUGUAAUACAUGACUGCAAUACGAGUACGAUACUUUUGCAGUUCAUAUCAUGCCACUGAGGACAAAUUCAAGGCGACCAAUAGUACGCCCAGAAGCAGCAGCAAGCCGAAAUUCAACACGAGCUUUCACUUCGACAACCGCGUCGGCGGGGCUGGUACUGGACCGUUUCCAGUUACUGGAAGAUCAGUUACUGGGGGAACUACAUCAGGGAACAAAUCUUCAAAACUCGUCACUGGCAGCACAAAUCUGUUCUGCAACCCACAAAACAAUAGCGGAACAUCAACCCGAGCGCCGUCGGUGGUGCUCGCGGAGCAAGCUUUCAAAAGGUACCAGGACAACAACUAUUUGAAAGUGCAAGGGCAGCAAGACCAGCAUCCCGGACUGACAUUUCAGGUGGACGAGCAACAAUCUACAGCACUGAAUAAAACCCCGAUGUCUGCGCGCGGCGCCAAUCCCGCUCAGCCUCAGAGAAAUAGCAAUAAGCCUGACUCUGCCACCAAAUCCCCGUCGACCUCUCGGAGCCCGCGGCGGAGGUCUUCGUCCGCUUUUCUUCGUUUCCCCGAGCCGCUGCAAUCGCCGCAGAAAGUCGGAGGAGGAGGUACUAGUGCAGGAGAACAAGGGGCUACUAUCAAAACAUCCUCUCUAGUCAUGAAAAGUCCGCGCGCACCAGGCAGUGCUGGACACAAGGUCGUGGCCAAAGCUACCGCACCAGGAGUUGCGGCCCCUAGUACGUCGGGAGCCACCACCACACGAAGUCGCUCGCAGUCUGCGUCACCGAAGAGAAGUUCUGCAGCAGGCAAGGUAGCCGCACAGAAAGCCGCCCUCCGUGCGUCAUCGUCGUCGUCGAAGAAGCAAGCUCAUUUGAUGGAGCUGCACGAAGUUCCGCUGUCGACCAGAAUUCCCACCGUUGAGGUCGAAACGGUUACUGUCUCCACCUCCCAACAACCGCCAACGAGCGCAAGAGGAUCUACUUCUCCCGGGAUGAAAAUGAGUCAGCAAUUGCGCGCGCGGUCCCAGGACCUCCCACCUGCAUCAGCUAACGUCACCAGGAAGCAAAUGUUCCUCCAGCUCAACGCGAGCAGGAUGGGAGUGCAGGCUCCAAGUAUCAAUCUCUUGCAGCCGACGAGGAGCUUUUUACGGAAGCGUGGAACGACGAGUUCGAAUUCGCCGUCCUCGAAGGGCGCGACGGCGCACACACAGACGACUAAAAACACCUCCGAGGACCACCAAAACGCGACCAAGAACCUUGUUGGCGCUCCUUUUCAACCCCCUGCCCGGAACAAUACAAGGACUGGAGCUAGUCAUCCUUCGGCGUCUUUGCAGGAGCCUCCGAACAAGAACUACUUGAAGGUGAAGAUAGGUCAAGGUCUGCCGGAUCAUGCGAAGCAAACGUACCUCUUCGCACCAGAACCUGCGGGGACAACAAAAGUAGCUGCCUCUGGCAGGCAAAACACAAAUAAUCCCUCUCCGCGAAAGUCCUCUUCCACUACUCCUUCCGUGAAACUCCUUUCCGCGAAAAGUUUCUUCCUGAACCAAGCCAACGCCAGGACGGAGUCAGUGGUCGAAGUUGGGGUUGAGCGAGUUGGUGGAGAUGCUGCUUGUGGUGCUGGUUCUACUGCUGCAUCUCGCUCACCCUCUAGAAAAGGGAAGUAUCCUUCUGCAGUAGACAACGCUUCGAGCAAAAGCAACUCUGCUUCUCCGAAGCGGUCCCGCUCCGGUCCGGUCCUCGUAAACGAAGAAAACAACCCGCCUCAAGUGCCGCUUUCUGCCCGCGCAAACAGCAUGCUGUCGACUUCAAGCAAAGGGAGUUCUGUUGGCACAAACAAAAACGGAGGCGGUAGAUUCCUACAAACGACAUUAAGAGCGACGACGACCGGCACAAGGACCACUACAACUUCCACCCGCGCGCAACAGGUAGAACGAAGACUGAAGAUCGCAGAGGAGUUACAGAACCGCAAGAAGGAGAUGUCGGCGAGCAGGGUGAGGUUUCAGGACGUUCUGGACGAAUUGGAGGAGGAGGAGCAGAAUUUCAAAUUCGUCGCUGAAAACAAUCAAGACCAUCAGGAUAGCAGCGCCUCUCCAACCAGGUUGACCUAUCCGGACACGUCGCUCUUGAGCAAGACGAAGCUAGCCGGGCACAACUACUUGCCGGUGAAGAGGAAGAAGAAACGGAGCACCACUGGGUCAACAUCUGCGGCGAAAAACAAAACAAAUUCUUCUUUUGAUUCCAGCAUGAUGUCUAAUGUUGGGUCGGUUUUUCAUCAGAACGUGAAGCGUACUGCCGGCGGGAGCUGGAAUGCGGAUACAAGAAUCCGGGAUUCCGGGCUGUUCGAGGACCGACACUGGAAUGAUAAGAGGACAAGGGCGGCUUCGAGGGAAAGAGCUCGAGUUGGACAACCUGCGGGUGGCGGUGGUCCAGCGGGAGCCAGCAAUGCGUUGAUCGUCCGCCAACCGAAAUCUGGAAUAGCAGGUGGAACACAUCUUCAACCCAACAGCAACAGUGGCCCAGUUGCGAACAAAACUACCCGGCCGCGCCCUACACGAACGGAUGCGCGGGCGCAGCAACAGAAGCACGUGAAUGGCGAAGCGGGACGAGAACACACAGAGUCAGAGGAAGACGCUGCUGCGCUUGCUGAGGACAACACUGACGAGGAUAAUUUCGACGCUCCUAAACAAGAACAGUCGCUUUCGGACCAGCAAGUCAACAUUUCCUCGAAUUUGACUUCCAACACGAACUCCCGAUCCCACAUUACUCCAGCGGAUUCGGUUAUGGAGAAUCUCUUUCUCAACAACCGCAGCUACGCCGAGAGGCUGUCGACGGAGCAAAGAAUGUUUGAAAACAUCAUCACCGCGGAAGACCAACAGGCGGAAGAAGAUUUGUUGCGGUAUUUGCGGAGUGUCGUAUGCAUUGCAAAAGCAUCGUACUAGUGUAAAUCGCAAUACAAAUUUUCUCAGAAGCAAAAAUGAAGUUUGUAAUGCUGAUUUGGCUAAGAAACAAGAAUUGUCGUGCGUGAUUGCAAUUAGUACGAGUGCGAUACUUUUGCAGAGCAUAUGUCGGGUCUUUGAACGAUUUGGAACUGGAGGAAAUUCCGGUGGAGACUGAGGAAGGUCCCAAAGGUGGUCGGCAGGGAAAGAACCACAGUAGUCGGAUUUCCACAACGACCAGAGCCGCACCUGCGCCGCCGAUGCUUUACUAUCCAGAACAGCAAUUAUCCUUAACCAGCAAAGACAACCUUCUCUCUGUCGGGGCAGCAACGGAGUUGCUGGAGCCCGCGUUACCGUGGAAGUCCGAGGUAGUUUCGUCGAAGGGAUCGGAAUUGGUGCCGGAGUUUCCAUCAAGCAGUGGAGAUCUUCACGAUUUUUUGAAAUACAGUGUCGUGAACCUGGUGAACCCUUCGCUAAAUACUGAGGAGAACUCCUUCUCUGUCAUGCUGGUGGACAAGGAAGCAAGUGUGAAAUCGAUUGUGAAAGAGGCUAGUGGAAGUGCUCGGGCGAGACAGUUAGUGCGGACGAAACCCGAGGCGAUAGUCCCUGCUGCUGUGCCUUCGCGGGAAGAUGAAACCGAUGAUCAGGCGGAUCAAAAAAACGAUGACAGCUACCACACCACCGAGGAUAUCCUCGCAAUUGCGAAAACCAGUCGACAGGGCAGUCCGGAAGAAGAUCCUGAGGAGAAACAAAAACCAGAAAAUUCCACUUACGGCAGCUCAUACGUUCGCGCAGCUCCAGGAAACAAUUUUGACCAGUCUGAUGUAGAUGCUCUUGCAGCGGUGGACGAUGGUGCAGUGCAGCAACAAUUGUCCGGCAGCCACACUUAUCAAAUGUAAAAAUGUCUGGGUAUGGAAGACGCCCAGAAAAGCGCCGCAAGUGCAUGCUUUUUAUUUGCGUGAGAUUUGCGCGAGAUUUGCGCGAGAUUUCCAAAAAUAUUACGAAUCCUGCCAGAUCCUUCGGGAAACUUUUUAAGGCGAGAACCGCCUCCGUGAGUAUUUAUUUUCAAGUAUGUCAGCCAAUAACUAUACCAGAAUAUUAAUAAUAUUGCCAAAUCGGGCAGCUUUUUGAGGCGAGAACCCACUCCCUGAAUAUUUUCAAGUAUAUUCGCCAAGAAAUAUUCCAGAAUAUUCAUAAUAUUGCCAAAUCGGGCAACUUUUUGAAGCGAGAGCCCACUCCCUGAAUAUUUUCAAGUAUGUUCGCCAAUAAAUGGCGCAGGAUAUUAAUAAUAUUGCCAAAUCGGGCAGCUUUUUGGGGCGGGAACCCACUCCCUGAAUAUUUUCAAGUAUAUUCGCCAAUAAAUAUUCCAGAAUAUUAAUAAUAUUGCCAAAUCGGGCAGCUUUUUGAGGCGAGAACCGACUCCCUGAAUGUUUUCAAGUAUAUUCGCCAAUAAAUAUUCCAGAAUAUUAAUAACGUUGCCAAAUCGGGCAGCUUUUUGAGGCGAGAACCCACUCCCUGAAUAUUUUCAAGUAUAUUCGCGAACAUGCCUCAAAAUAUUCACGGAGGGGGUUCUCGCCUCAAAAAGCUGCCCGACGGAUUUGGCAAUAUUCCUAUUAUUUUUGAGCGGGGUAACAACUAGGGCAACUAACUCGGGAUUGUAAGUGCGAAAGUUUUUCUAUAUAGCGACACCUCUGACCGGAGCCGACGACUCCGGUUAGAGGUGCGCUUUGAAAACGUCCUAGCAACAUAUGCAAUUCGUGCGGUUUUGUGCAUAAUUUUUGCGCUUUCGGUAAAAAACUCGCUUCAUAGGAAAGCGUGUGAAAUUGUUGGGCUUCAUAAAUGUUAGCUUCACGGCAAGCAAUUUUCGCCAUGACAAAGCAGGCACCGCCUGCGCUGCAAAGAAAGCGAAAACGUUGCCCCGCCGAGAAUUUUCAAAAAAGGCCCCAAGACGACAAAUAGCAUGCACAAAAGCACAAAACUGCACAAGGAAUUCCUGCUGUAACGAACCGGCUGUGCGCUCGCCGGCCCUUGCCAGCACGAGUUGCCUGCUCGCUACUGGCCGCCACGAGUUACCUGGCUAGCUAGGCAACUCGUGGCGACCAGUCUCGGCCGCUCGAAAAACUUUCGCACUUAGAAUCCCGAGUUAGUUGGCCUAGUUGUUACUCCGCUCUUUUAAAUCUCGCGCAAAUCUCACGCAAAUAAAAAAGACGCACUUCCGGCGCUUUUCUGGGCGUCUUCCAUACCCAGACACUUUUACACUUGAUAACACUUCUUCCUCAACAGCUGGCGGCACUGGCAACCGCCCCAGACCCUUCCCCGGCAUGGGCGCUUUUCGGAAAGUGAAGGAAAAGCUGAGCGAUUCCUCCGCUUCCCCGGUGAAAGUAAAGAACAGUGCUAUGGCUCCGCCAAGACCAGCACCAUCGAGUGUUCAUGUUGUAUCGCCUUCGAAAAGAACAAGGGCUGCGGGUACCGCGGGUGCCACCACCUCCAUUCAAGUACCGUCGACGUCGAAUUCUAGUACACGUGGCAGCAAGGAGUCUUCGUCUACUCAUCAAGCUACCAACAUGAUUCCCAGCACGACCGCCGUGUUCGCAAGCAAGAUGGGCGGUAAAAAAGUAGAACUCGCAUGUGAAGAGAGUGCUGUUGGUGUGGUUGCGGAAGUUGUAGCUCCUGAUCAAACAGCAGAAGAGGAAGCAAAAACCUCUGCGCGCGGGAGAAGUUCGUCCGCUUCGCGAACAACUACCCGGCGUUCGAAUGAUUACCCUCGACGACAAAAUCGCGCUUCUAGCUCGCCGGUGAAGAGGAACGAAAUGAAUAGGAGUGGCGAAGAAGGACAUCCAGUUCAUCAAAGCAACGCAAACAUCAACCCCUUCGACCGCUCCGCGCGAACAAUGGGAGCUGCUACAGGAGGAGUCUCCUCAGCGGUGUCGAAAACGAAAGCGCGAAUCCCCCGAAAUCCGCAGAAGAUCACUACUCCGACUUCGGAGAACACGAAGCCGCUGGCGUUUUUAGACAAUGCGGAGAGCAGCGCCAGGCAGCCUUUGGCGAACAUGGGUUCAACAUUUCGUAGCAGUUUUAACGGACCACGAAGACCACGCAGUAGAAGUCGGGGAAAGGAGCCGGCCUCUUCUACGACAACCCCCGUAACAAACACAGUCGCCGCGACGACGCCUAGUGUCGCGAAUGGUAAUGCCGUAGCAAAUCCAAAUCGGGGUCGACAUCAAGUCGCACAUCCGAGGAAGAAUCCCUUUUCCUCAGCAUCGUCCACAUUAACUACUACAUCCGGCGAAGGAGGAGCUACCAGUGCCGCUUCAACCAAAAUCAACGCAGCAGAAUAUCUGGAGAAGAACAAAAACAAAAUUCCCGCGAGAGUGAUGGUCGGGAUGAGACAGGGUGAGGAAGACCAAGACGCGGACAAGAUGAAGAUCGAGUUCGAUCUGAAGCACGAGGAGCGAAGCCACAGCGGUAUGAUAAAUAAAAGCGUUGAGGAGCCAACGCAUCCUGAUGACCCCACUUGCGAAAACACGGCGACAAUUGUGGUCGAAGCUGGUUUGGUGUCGUCGCAUGCCGAGAACUAUCUCGUUGCGGAACUUGGCGGUGGUGCUGAAACUGAAAGUAAAAUCAACAUGCACCGACAAAAUGCCAGAACAGAAACGCACGAGCCAGCGGUCGUACAGAGGAUGUUGAACGAGGAUGAAUUCUCCAAAAACACUAGCAAAACUUCAUCGACAUCUUCCCGAGCUGCAGCCCACAGCACUCACGGUAAAAUCUUGAACCAGCAGCAGCAGCUGCAGCAGCAGUAUCGUCAGCAGGAGCAUAGUGUUAAUUAUCCACCUCCUGCCCGGACCCGGACCCCCUCCCUCUCCACGACAACCUUCAUCCAGCCGCAGCCGAAUCAGACCAUCAUCGCGCCGCCUCUGCACGUCCCGAACUUAAUCUUAAAUGCGCAAAUCUCGCAAAUGAACAACGCGGACAAGAUGCAGCGGGGGCUAAGUGUGCCACCUCUUUUGCGGGGGAUUUGGAACACCAACGGGGGUGCUUUGUCCGAUUCGACGACGCCGAGGGCGGGAGCAACGGGAUUUCAACCACCGGAGCGGAUCAUCUCAGGCUGCACCUCAUCGGCUUCGAAAUUGUCCAGCUCUAUUCAGUCUGUAUCAAAAAGUAGCGUUGGAGGUGGUGCGGCUACGGCUUCUAUGCCUCCUCGGGGGGUUUUGUUGCAGUAGUCGGGCGCGUGGUGCGCGUGCGCACAAGCUUCAGUUUGAAUCGAAAAAUAGAAGAGUAGUAAAAAUGACGGGUGUAAGUUUUCUUGUCCUCGUCGGAAUGACAUGGUAUGACAUGAAAAAUAUACAAAAUCAAUGCAGAAUGUGUGUGCCGUCAAUACUUUAGCAGUACUCACUUGUCUUACCUCUACUUCCCAUCAGGAGGAGCGUGAUCGCUUUUACACGGAGAGAAGAAAAACUACCGGCAUUGAGGCUGGCUAAACUAGUAAGCGUACCAACCCGGUGUCCUCGUCCAUGGUACGAUAUCACACAACGAUGAAGAAGAAGCACAGCGUAUAAAAACCGUAGAAAUGCUUGUCCCUAAUGUACGAUGAGUAAACAAGGCAGCAAAUGAGACCUAGAACUGGAAAAGAAAUGAAGUUUAAUUCGUAUGUGAAAUUAAUGAAAGGGCGAAUGUUUUGGAAGUUUUACGUUUCAUUUGGUAUUGUAACUUUUUCCCGCGGGCGUGAUUCACACACUUCUCCACUGCGGAGUUCGCUGCCGGGGGAGGUGGCUCCUUAUCUCAUCUGAGCACUGCUCAAUUUUGCUGCGCUGCACUGUAACCGUUCCCUUGUG